CGGUCGGCAAGUGAUUCGCAACGUUGCUGACAGUUUCCAAAAACUUUUAUGAUUUUUACGAAAACUAUCCUUUUCGUUUCGCUGUGAAGAACCUACAUAAUUUUCAUGUUGUUAUCACUUGUGUUUCCCCCUAUGAAUUGAGCACAGAAAAGCACAAUGGAAAGAACUCUGGAUUCCAUAAGACCCUCGGAUGUUGAGGGUAAUAAUAUGACGUUUCUUUACUCGCGAGAUCCAAGUAUUCUUGCACCUUACCAAAGGCCCCUUCCGUCGCUCCAGAAGAAUCUUAUUUCUUUGUACGAGGAUGAAGAAAUCGAAUAUCCAAAUGAGACUGCUUCCUCAGCUUCAGAAUCCAUAGAUCUUCAAACAAUCAAAGUGUAUCUUCGCAUGAAACCAUUUCCACGCAAGCUUCAUUUAUCUAAAGAAGAAAGUGAAGCUUACCGAAUUACCAAUUCAACAACGCUCAUCACACAAUUACCAACGUUCGAUAGCACUUUUACCUCCGUUAAAGGAGCUAAAGCCUCCGAAGGUGUGUGUCGAAAAUUCACAUUCACCCAAACCUUUGGACCAGAAACUACACAACUUAAUCUAUUCGAAGAAAUCAUUCAGCAGCGAAUGAUGGAUUUUUUGGCUGGACAAAAUUGUACAGUCAUGACUUACGGAACAACUAAUUCAGGCAAAUCGUACACUCUCCAAGGGACGACGACGUCACCGGGGAUAAUACCGCGGGGUCUCGAGUAUGUUUUCUCGAACAUAAAUCCGCGUCCAACCCCUUGCUAUAAACCGAUCCACGGCAACAAUGUCGUGAGUUUGAACGCGGUAGAUCGUGCGCAAGAGCUCGAAGCGAAAAACAAAUUGUUAACAUUCGCCUCGAUCGACAAGUACCAGUACAUAAACGCGUACAAACAAAUGCAAAAAUUACUUCAAGAAGAGUCCCCGAUACGAGCGAGUGAAGCAUGCGACGCGCAUUACAGCGUAUGGGUUUCAUUUGCGGAAAUUUAUAACGAGAACAUUUACGAUUUGUUAUCGAAUGAGUGCCAAAAACGUCGACCACCACUGAAGCUCGCUGCCGACGGUCAUGAUCGAGCUUUCAUAAAGGGUUUGAGAACCGUUUGCGUCAACUCAGGAUCUGAAGCUUAUCAAGUUUUGAUGGCGGGUCAGUACAAUUUGAAAGUCGCCGCAACAGCUCUGAACGCCCGGAGUUCGAGGUCGCACUGCAUCUUUACGAUAAAAUUGCUGAAAUAUUACACAGAAAAUAUUCCUGAGUCCGUAGAAGUAAGCACAUUUACAUUUUGCGAUCUCGCUGGUUCAGAGCGAUUGAAAAAAACUCUAAACGUUGGCGACAGACUCAAAGAAGCACAGAACAUCAACACCAGCCUUCUGGUUCUUGGUCGUUGUUUGAAAACCAUUUACGAGGGCCAGUCGAUAAAACAACGUCAGGAGCAUAUCGGUCCUUUUCGAGAGUCGAAAUUAACUCGACUUUUCCAACGUGCUCUCUCUGGCAAGGAACAAAUCGCUCUGAUAGUAAAUGUCAAUCCAAUACCCAAUCUUUACACGGAAACCCAAAAUGUUUUAAAUUUUGCUGCUAUUGCAAAGAAAAUAAUAAUAGAACCGAAAAAGAUACGUCGUCAAGUAACCAACACACGAUUUUCCCAAAUCGUUGCACGAAGCGUUAAAUCUACUACGGAUUGGGACCCUUCGGACUUGUCUCACGUCGUUGAAUCUUCAGAUAAUACGGAAAGGGAAAGUGAUUACAUAAAUCCUGAUGAUUAUGAAGAUUUACUAGACGAAAAUACGAACCUCAAGAAAGAACUUGCCGCUCUAAAAGCGUCGAUGCUCAACAAAGAUUUGCAAAUUCGACAAGAACUGAGCGAUACUUACAUGGCGAUGAUGAAAAAAUUGGAGACCGAUUGGAAAAACCGUCUGAAAGACGUCGAGGCACAGAGUGAAGACCAUACCGAAUGGAGAAUCAACAUGGUAGAAAAUUUCUACAAAACUAAACUCAAUGAUUUAACGUCUCGUAAACGCCGACGCGCGGACGACAGCUGCAGCGAGGAUGAAGCCAAAGACGUCGCUGAACUUGAAAUUGAGAAUUCGCGUUUACACACUAAAAUACAUGGCUUAAAGAAGUCCAUGAAACAUCUUCGUGAAAGCAAUGACGCAAUAUUAACAGAGAAAAAUAAAAUUGCUUUUGAGCUUGGCUUGGUGAAGGAUGAACUCAAGAGCUUGAAGAAUCUCCUAGCAACGGCUCAGAGCUCCAUAUGCAAGGACGAUGAAAGUCUCACGUAUGUCGAAGGAUUGAGGAAACAAUUAAGUGACAAACAGGACCACAUUAAGAACUUGAAAGAAUUUUUGAACGAAGCCAAAGAGGAGUAUAUCAGCAUAUCGUCACAUGCAGAAAUGAUGGAAGUUCGAUUAAAAGAGAGUGAAGUAGCUUUAGCUGAAACGACGGAGAACAUCGCAGAUUUGAAAACAUUACUAGACGAUACGAACGCCUGUUUGGAACAGAAAACCAAAGCAACCGAUAUUUUAGAAGAAAAGCUCAAUCAACAAACAAUCAUGAUGAGGGAAGCGGAAGAACGUUUCUGCCAAACUCGAGCUCAAAUGGAGGAAACAAUUCGAGAAUUGACGGAGAAAGUAAAAUCUCUGGAAAAAUCAUCAUCACCGAACGAAAUCAUUGCUUCAAGUCCAACUGUGACAGAGAUUGAAAUAAAAAAAGAAAUUUUGUCUGAAUCCGAGUGUGACUUGUCGACAGACUUUCCCAAAAUAGUAAUUCCCGAUGAAAUCGUUAUAAAGACCGAUACCGAUGAAGUUUUGACCAUUCCAUCGAGCGCAUACAGAAACGAUCGAGAGAGUGAAAUGUUGGUACAAGUUCAAGAAAUCGCUUUGGAAGAAAACGAUGAUGGGAUGGUUGAUAAACUCAUAGAACUGCGAACCAAACUCGAGGAGACUGAGCUCGAAAAUAAAUCGUUAAAGAAAAAAUGGUCACAAAGUAUCAAAGAAAUUGAAUCAUUAAAGGAAUCUCUCGACUCGACCAAACAACAAUUCACAGCAAUCACGCAAAGUAUAGAAGAAUUGAAAAAAGCACAGAGCCUUAAAAGCGAAGCUCGAACACUCGAACAACGUCCCUCGCUUAAGGAUUCGGAAAGUCAAACCAACGCAAUUUCGAUAACCGAAGGUGGCAACCAAACCGACGCUGUUAUCGAUCAUAACAAAUCCAUGCAGACGAGCUUCGUAUCUUCCAGCGAAGAUGAUAAAUCUAUACAAACCUCUUUCAAUGAGAAUCAGGAGCCGGUUGUCAUGGACACAUUAAUCGACGAGCUCAAGAUUAAAUGUUCGCAGCUCGAAAUUGAGUGCAAAGAAAAGCAACUGUUGAUAUCGAAACUGGAAGGAGAAGUUGAAAGUUUACGAAAAAUCAACGACUCCUUGGAGCAACAAUCAACCAAAGAUCGUGAAGAACUUGAGACCUUGUCAAAUGAGAUUAAAUCUUCGGAGAAUAACCUCGCUUCUGCAAUGACAGAGAGGGAUGCUGUGCAAAAAUUAUUGCAGGAAUCUGAGGAGAUACGCAAAAAAGCGGAAACCCAAAUUUCUGAGUGUCGUGAAGAGUUUCAACAAAAAAUCACGAGCUUAAUGAACGAUCUCGCUGAUACAAAGAAAGAAGAAGAAAAAAUGAAAAAUCAGUUGGAAGAGACUGAAGAACUUCGAAAAAAAUUGGAGACUCAAUUCGCCGAGUCUCGUGCAGCGCACGAACUCGACAUCGCAAAUGUGAACAAAGAGUUGACCAAAAGCAAAGAACAAGAAAACAUGCAUAUGGAGACAAUUAAGGUGCACCUUAAGGAAAUCGGCGAACUCAAAGAAAAGCUCGCAACGCGUACUACAGAGCAAGAUGAAAAGAUCGCGGAGCUGAAUAAAUGCGUGGAACGUUUUGAAAAGGAGAAAAAAGAAUUGGAAGAAAAGAUAAGUGAACGAGUGAAAGAAACGGAACAAUUGAAACAGCGUCUUCAAGCAGCCGAUAAAAGGGACCAAGAGAAGGACACAGAGAUCAAAAUGUUACAAAAAUCUUACAAAGCUCACAUCUCGGCAGACGCACAGGAUAAAAAGCUCCACGAGGAAAUAAAGAAAAAUUUGGCAGAGUUGCUAGAAACAAGAGAGGCACUUGCUCGUACCGAUGAGCUUUAUAUGAGAUUGAAAGAAAGUUCGAGAAAAGAAAUUGAAGCUCUCGAAGCCCACGUUUCAGCGUUGGAAAAGAGCUCGAAGCAGUUUAAAAUGAUUCAACAAAAAGUACAAACCGACAAAGCCGAAGUGGAAAAAUACAAAACCGAAAGAGACGAUUUGAAGGCGUUGAUUACUCAAAAAGAUCUUGAAAUGCAGUCUUUCAUGAGCAAUCGCGAUGCGAUGAUCCAACAGUAUGAAAACUUGGUAAAAUCGCUUCAAGAAGAUAACGAAAGAGGAAGACGAGAGAUCACAAGGUUUCAGGAACUGUUUCAUAGAUUGCCAAGCACGCCUCUUGAAAAAACUGUUAAAUCCGAAGAUGAAUGCAAAAAAAAUGUACUCGAUUCCACCGAUUUGUCCGAUUCCGAGGCUAGGAAACCAAGGAGACGGGCAGCAGCUUUACCGCCACCGUCGUCGGAAACGAAAAGGAGUACGCGCAGGAAAAAACUGUACAUGCCCGUGGACGAUUCUUGUGUAGACAUAGAGACCUUUGAAGCUGUUCCACCAACACCGUCACCAUCAGCCUCGGGACGAAGUUUGAGGACUCGCAGAAAGUAGAUUUAAAAUCAUUCAAUGGUUUAAGGUCUUCAGUCGGAUCAUUGUAAACAUAAUUGUACAGAAUUAUACUUUAGUUUCGUACUCUACUGUCAGUAUUAUUUAUUGAAUAUGUGAUUCUUCAUUGUCAAGUAAAUUCAUCUUGAAAUGGAUUUUUAAGAUCGGCUUGCACGUUAGUAUAAGAGCAACGUAUGUUUAUUGUGAAACUUUCAGUACCAUUUCGUAUAACUCCACUUAUUUUUUACAGACUGUAACUCGAAAACAUUGAGUACGGUCCUUGUGUAUUGUAUAAGAAAGAUUACUUUUAAGUUAACUUUGACACAUUCUUCUGCUGAAAUAAAAAAAGGAAUAUUUUUCACAAUCUUU